AUGGAUACAUAUGGAGACCAACAAAUGGAGCUCAUGGAAGCCUAUCACUGCAAACCAACCAUCCCAUCUCCUCCUCCCCUUCCUCCUCUACCCCCUUCCUCUUGGGGUAAGGAGGGAGAAUCCUCCUACAUUCUGCAACACCCCAGGGACAGGAGAAGGGGAGGGAGGAGAGGAAGUGGUGUUAAGCUCUCGACAGACCCUCAAAGUGUAGCGGCGAGACAGAGGCGGCACCGGAUCAGUGACCGGUUCAGGAUUCUAAAGAGCUUGGUGCCAGGGGGGAGCAAGAUGGAUACGGUGUCCAUGCUGGAGGAAGCUAUUCACUAUGUCAAGUUCCUCAAGGCCCAGAUUGGGCUUCACCAGGCUGCCUUGAUGCUCCAUCCGGAUGACACUCCUAUUUCUUUCCCAUCUACUAUAUGUGCUACACCAACUGUAGGUGCUAGUGGUAGUGACCUUACUCCUCGUGCGUUUUCUUCUUCUUCUUCUUAUUCUCAUGAGCUUCCUCCUCAGCAGAUAUUGAGCUACUCGUUGACCCCUCCGACACCAUCUCUUCCUCCUUUCCCUUUCUCCUAUUUCCAGGGUGAAGAAGAGAUUCUCCAUCAAGUCAGUUUCAACUACUAG